CUCACCCCUCCCUCUACCUCAUUCUCGGCCAAGAGACACCCAGCAAGAGCAAGAAAUCCAUCAUCCUUCAUUCUCCAUUGUUGAAGAGAGCUCAACAAGAAGGAAUCCCAAGAAAAGGGGCUAGGGUGCUAAAAGUGUGAAAAGAUUGAGGCACUUGUAAAGGGUAUUUCAAGUGAUUUCACAAAGUUGGAAAAGUCGCCGGAGUUGUCGCCGGAGUUGACCGAAAGUCGCCGGAGUUUCACCGGAGUUCAACCAAGAAGGGUAGAACUUCAUAACGCUAGUUCAAGGUUAAAGCUAGGGCUUGCUACUUGCACCUUCUCAAGGGUGAUAUCAAAUCAGGAAGACGUGGUUCGUGCUUCCUUAUUUUCUUUCAAACUACCGAACACUUGCUCAUGGGUAUUUGUUUUACUAUAAACCAUUUUUGGGCUUGCAUGCCCAUGUUGUUGGCCGGUUGUGGCUCAUGACGUACCGUUGAAUAUUUCCGCUAUUCAUUGGUUUGAAUGUGAUGUUGUUAUGUAUGUUUACUACUGAGUAUGGAUGGAUUGUUUUCUCGAACGCCUUGUGUAAUUAAGUGAGGUUGACUCGUGGGUGACAUCACUUAGUUAUACGGCGGUUGUACACGCGCUUGGAUUGCGGUCUGGGGCGUGACAAUUAAGUGGAUGGAUUGUUUUCUCGAACGCCUUGUGUAAUUAAGUGAGGUUGACUCGUGGGUGACAUCACUUAGUUAUACGGCGGUUGUACACGCGCUUGGAUUGCGGCCUGGGGCGUGACAAUUAAGUGGUAUCAGAGCCAUCUCAGUUCUAAACAUUAUAAUCAACCUCUCACAAAAGAUUUUACAAAAGAGUUUUUACCGAAAACCAUGAGCAUUGUAUUUUGACGUUUAUAGGACUAUUGGUGCUUAAGUUGCAAGGCCUCUAAUUGUUAAGACGGUACCCUUAGCAAUUGGUAUGGUAGUGACUUGGGCCAAUACGUGUCUGUAACGUUCUUCCGUCAGUUGACAUUCAUAGGAGUCUAAUGACUCAUCCAUAUUUCUUUCAGAAAUGGAGGGCAGGCGAAUGAGGACCAGGAACAAUCCGAGGGGGCAGGCGCCGGUAGCGUCCCAAAGGGGAAGCCGGGCUGCAUCUCGGGGUUCAAGAGGAGGCCGUGGAGGCCGUGGGAGCCGUGGAGGUCAUCAAGCUCAAACUGUGAGUGAUGGCCAUGUAAGCUCGGUGUAUGAAACCAACACCGAAGACUACGACUCUACAUAUGUUCCGGAAACGGAGCACGAGGAGACCCCAUACGAUGGGGGUGACACGUACACGGACGAUGAUGAUGAAGAGAGUGAUGCCAAGUUCGCUCAAAUGGGCGAAUUACUAGAGUGGUAUCAAAAGGAGAAACUGAGGAGAGACCUUAGGCGCCAAGCGAGGCGUGGCUCUCGUGGAGGUUCGGGUCAAGGAAGCCGGGGAGCUUCCGUGGCCACCCCAGCGGCGUCACAAGGUGGGCGUGAAGGAGGUUUUGUUGUGAGAAUCUCCAAGUACCUCAAGGAAGCGAGGGCCUUGGGGUGUAGAUCCUUUGACGGCACCGGUGACAUUACCGUUGCCGCCGAUUGGAUUAAGAAGGUGAAGGAUGCAUCAAGAGACAUGCAAAUCACACCGGACGUGAAGUUGACUGUCGCUUCACGGCUACUUGAAGGGAUAGCUUCUACGUGGUGGGAGAGCGUGGAAGGGAAGUACCAUGGGGAAAUAACAUGGGCGGAUUUUGAGCUAGAGUUCUAUGCUCAAUACUACUCCGAGUACGAGGUGAAUGUGAAACGGAGAGAGUACACUAACCUCAAACAGAAAGAGGGCAGCACAGUUAAGCAACUGGAACAAGAGUUUAGAACCUUGGCUAGGUUCUUGCCGGAGUACGCGGUUGAUGAGAACCGCAUGACGGAGCACUUUUGGGAUGCCCUACUCUUGGACAUCCGUGACCGAGCUACGUACUCGCGCCACAUGACCUUCAGCGAGGUGGUGGAGCAGGGCCUUCUCGGGGAGGCCCAAUGGAAUGAGAGAAGAGAGAGAGACGCCGAAGAGGCGAGAAAGAGGAAAUGGCAAAGUUCGGGGCCGCCCGAGCAAGCACGGAAGGAUAAGCACGGUGGAGGUGGCGGUUCGUUCAAGACACCGGCACCACCGGCAAAGAAGAACAGGGAUGCUCGGUGGCAUGCAUCCUCCUCACAAAGGGCGGGGCCUCCAAAGUGUGCCAACUGUUCGAAAAAUCAUUUUGGGAAGUGCAAUGCACCCCCAAGGUGUUACCAAUGCGGGAACACGGGCCACAUGAAGGCCAAUUGCCCACAAUUAGGGGGAGGAGGAGCUCCGGGAUCCGGAGGAGGAACCAUGACGGGAAGGAACCGUGCGGGGCCGUCAAACGGCGGCACGGGAAGAGGCGGCGCAUCCACAAGCCAUGCCGCAUCCGUCAACCAAGGUGGGACCCAAGCCCGAGUGUACUCGAUGACCGAGGCGGAUGCGAGAGCUAACCCGGAUUCCGUUGCAGGGGCAGCAUAUCCGGGUGUUCCCAU